AUGGCGGUUGUGAAAACCCUGGUGUGUCACAGUUCACAAGCUGCAGUUUUGCUUCUGCUUCUGGUUGUAGCCUCAGUGCAGACCCGAACGAGUAAGGCACAGCUGAGCUGCACAAAUCAACUCAUCAACCUGAAUGUGUGCGCACCCUUUAUGGUGCCUGGUGCCACCGAGACCCAGCCUAGUUCCCUGUGUUGUGGUGCACUCCAAGCUGUGCAACAUGAUUGCCUCUGCAGCACUCUCAGGAUUGCUGCUCAACUUCCUUCUCAAUGCAAUCUCCCACCUCUCUAUUGUGCCACCUGA